GUCAUUCCCGCCGGCAGUUGAGCCGCAGAACCAGUUGGAGCUGACGCUUGUGCGGUCCUCGGUCAAUCCUCAGAUAUCGGCUGGCUCCGACAUGCGCCUGGAAGGCACGGUUUGGAACGCGGCCAGAGAUCCAGAGCUCCAAAACAUUUUCCAGAGCGCAAAUGUAUGGAUGCUGGAGAUCUACGAGCCGGGAGCUGGCUACCUCUUCUACGAGACCCGGAAACAAGCAGGGAUCUUGCCAGGCUUCGCUCUGCAGGCCAUCACUGGGGCAGAAGUCCUGCCAUGGCUGCCGCUCUCCUCCACGCUUCCACUUCCGAUCAUGAUCAGCUUCCGCCUUGGGACGAGCUUUACGGCACCUUCAGGAGUCUUGGCUGCCCUGGAGCUGCUGGCGCCCAGUGGCUUCAGCUUUUCAGAGGCGUGCACGUUCAGCAGGAUCUCCCCACUCCACCUGGAAGUUGAUGGAUUCACGUGGCUUCCAGAAGGCUCUUUGUCGGCGUGUGCUGGGCUUUAUGAAAGCCCCGAGAACCAAAGCACUGCGGAGGCCUCUGUGCAGGAUCGGCAAGUGGCACUUCUCUCGCUCUUUCCAGGCACGACGCUCCAGCGUCGGUUGCUAUACGCACUCUAUGUUGAGGUGUUCAUCCCGAGCAGCUUCCCGCUGCAGAAUUCCUGGCGUCUUCGCGUCUUUCGCAACGACAGCGGCACUGUGGAGUCAGCACACCAUGGGCGAGGGAUGCUCAGCCAUGCGGUUCAAAACCAUGUCGCGUCCUUCAAUUCCUUCUUGGACCAUGGCCUGGAUCGAAUGGUUGAAGGCCUGCCAAGCACGGAGGUGGAACCUGUAGAGGAUGACGGCACCGGCGAGAGCCUGAUCGUUUACCUCUCAGAGCUCCUGAUCUCCAAGCCGGUGAAUCGAGCGCAUCCAGGUUUCCUCGCAGAAGGCGACGUGGAUCUUGAUCUCACAAUGAGGAAGUGGCUGCCCUCUGACUGUCGAAUGGCCCAUUCCACCUACAGUGGAGCCCUGACCGCCACGUUCGAGUGCCGAAUGGGGAAGAAGAGCCCGUGGAGCGCGACGAUUGAGCUUGGAGAGAUACCAGUCAUGGUGCGCUCAAAGAAGUGCAAUCUCCAUGGCCUGAGCCAGGCCAAGCUGGUCGAGGCGCGGGAGGAUUGCACGGAGUCCGGCGGCUACUUCUUGCUUCGGGGCCUCGAGCGCGUGGUCCGCCUGCUGGUGAUGCCACGUUCGAACUAUCCGAUGGCCAUCACCCGACCAUCUUACAAGAAUCGAGGCAAACUCUAUACCGCUCAUGCGGUCUUGAUGAGGUGUUGCAGAGCCGAUGGAACUACUCAGACCAACACGCUGCACUAUUGCGUGGACGGUUCGUGCAAUCUGCGGUUCAGCCACGGGAGGGAGGAAUGGCUCAUCCCGCUAUCCGUGGUGGCGCACAGCCUCUAUCAGGUCUCUGACAGAUUGCUAGUGGAGAUGUUCGCAGGAGGCGGCGUCCCCGACAGCAACGUGGGCGACGAGCCUGGCCCAAACCAUGACCUUUGGGAGACAGUAUUGGUGAUGCUGCAGCAGCAAAAUGCCAAGCUUCGCAUUGGCGGCAUGAGCGAUGCUCGGCAAUACCUCGGCCGCACCUUCCGCGUCGUCUUCGGGAGUGAGGUGCCCCGGAGGUACACCGACGAGGAGAUUGGCGAGUGGAUGGUGAAGAAGUUCUUUCUUGUCCACACGGAAGACGGCUGGCUCAAGCUGAACACACUUUGUGUCAUGUUUCAGAAGCUCAUGGGCCUCGUCCGUGGCGAGGUUGAUCCAGACAACCAGGACACCAUGAGCAGCCACGAGGUUCUCCACCCCGGCCAGCUGUACGGGAUGGUUCUGAAGGAAGCGCUCGAAGUGAUGCUCCAAAGAUUUCGGGCGCAGGUGCGCAAGUUGUCACGGAAGGAAAACAAGAAUCCGAAACCCAUUUCUGAGUUUUACAAUAACGAAAAGCUCUUCAUCAAGACGAUGAUGCAAUGUUGCGAAGUCCAGAAGCGUAUGGAGAACUUCCUGUCAACGGGAAACGUGAACUCCAGGAGUGGUCUGGACUUGAUGCAGGUUUCUGGCUACACCGUCGUGGCCGACAAGCUUAACCAGGCGCGCUACAGCUCCCACUUUGCCGCCAUCCACCGUGGGCAGUACUUUGCCGAAAUGAAGACUACGACGGUGCGGAAGCUUCUCCCGGAAACGUGGGGCUUCCUAUGUCCCGUGCACACGCCCGAUGGCUCGCCGUGCGGGCUGCUGAAUCACCUCGCAAACUCCUGCAAGCCGGUGGUGGAACCUUGCGAGGAGGGCGCUGCCGAGGCGGUAGCACUCGCCCUGGCUGCGAUGGGCGCUGAGGUCUGGGGCGACUCUGGGACCUACCGCGCCCCAGCAGAGACUCGUGGCAGGCAUGCAUGGAUCCUCGUUGACGGGCGGCCAAUUGGUGUUAUCGAGAGGACACGGUUGCAUCACGCUGAGCAGCAACUCCGCAAACACAAGAUCAGCGGCAAGCAUGGCGUGCCGAAGAACAUGGAGAUUGUCUGCAUGAGCCGGCGCUGGGGCAAGCUUUUUGUUGGUCUCUUCAUCUUCCUCGGGCCUGGACGACUUGUUCGGCCGGUGCGCUGUUUGCGCACAGGUCAAACGGAGUGGAUCGGGCCAUUGGAGCAGCUGUUCCUCAGCGUCUCCGUCCUGCGCGGCGAGAAGGAUGCAGCGCACCUCCUGCUGGACCAGCCGCCGACAGAGGAAGACAUGAAGCGCGACGUGCCCGAGCAGCUCCCUCUCAGGUUCACUCAUGAGGAGCUGAAGCCAACCGAACUGUUUUCCACGCUGGCAGCUCUCACGCCGUUUUCCAACCACAACCAAAGCCCGAGAAACAUGUACCAAUGCCAAAUGCUCAAGCAGACAAUGGCGACUCCAUACCACAACCAUGACUUCCGACCGGACAACAAAGUCUUCCGCGUGUGGUGCCCCCAGAGCCCGCUGGUAAGGACCGAGAUGUACGACAGGGUGGACUGUGACGAGCAUCCCAUUGGAACAAACGCCGUUGUUGCAGUGAUCACGUACACAGGAUAUGACAUGGAGGAUGCCAUGAUCAUCAACAAGCAAUCCUAUGAGAGGGGCUUCGGUCACGGCGUCGUGUACAAAACCAAAAUCCUGGAUGCAUGCGACAAGUUGGCAAGUAAAGACCAGCAGGAGCUGAACCACUUCACGAACGUGAUGUCGAAGGGUAGUCAAGUCCAGCGCUUUUCGCCGAACCUCGGGCUUGCAAGGCAUUUGGAGGACGACGGUUUCCCACCUGUCGGGACAUAUCUCCAAGCGGGUGACCAUCUUUACUGCACAGUCAACUACAAGGGGGACCCGCACAUCGAGAAAUACAAGGACGACGAGCCGGCCUAUGUCGAGCAAGUUGUCAAGCUGGACGGCUGUCAUGUGAUUGGAUCGCAGCCAUGCAAGCGCGCGAUUCUGAAGCUUCGCUACACACGAAAUCCCGUCGUUGGCGACAAGUUUUCCUCGCGUCAUGGGCAGAAAGGUGUGAUGAGCGUUCUCUGGCCGGGUGAAGACAUGCCGUUUACCGAGGGAGGACUCACUCCCGAUAUUCUUUUCAAUCCGCAUGGUUUCCCAUCUCGAAUGACGAUCGGAAUGCUGAUAGAAAGCAUUGCCGGUAAAACGGCCGCCCUGGAAGCUCGCAAGACGGCAGAUGCAACGACCUUCCGAGAAUACUCCGGAGCCUACGGUGUCGAUGGCAACGAUGGAGAUCCGUUCCACCACGAGCAGGAACCUUCUCAUGGUUUUGGCAUAAAAGCUGCCGACUACUUCGGCCAGACGUUGAAAACCCAUGGCUACAAACGCCUUGGAACAGAACGUAUGUACUCCGGAAUCCACGGCACUGAGAUCGAAGCCGACAUCUUCAUUGGUGUGGUGUAUUAUCAGCGCCUGCGGCAUCUUGUGCUGGACAAGGCGCAAGUACGCGCACGAGGUACAAAUGACAGGAUCACCAACCAGCCUGUGAAGGGGCGCAAGAGAAAAGGCGGAAUUCGAUUCGGAGAGAUGGAGCGUGACUCUUUGCUGGCUCACGGUACAGCUUUCCUCCUGCACGAUCGACUCAUGCGCAGCUCUGACUACGAUGUGGCCUAUGUGUGUCCACGCUGUGGCUCUGUUCUUUCGCCCCAGGCGCACACAGGUAAGCCCGGAGAGUGGACGACAGGCGAGGCUGGAGACCCCUGGCAAUGUGCGUCCUGCAGUCGGAAACAUCAAAGGAUUGUGAAGUGCCAUGCAAUGCCCGUGCCAUGGGUAUUCAGGUAUCUUGCUUGUGAACUUGCCGCGAUGAAUGUGCGCAUGGACGUCAAAGUCACGGACCGCGGUGCAAAGAGGCUGGAAGAGCAGGGAUGCGAUUCGCUGCCUGCCCUGGCCAGCUUUCGACAGGCAGAGCAGUUGCUGUCGGCUUCCUACCACCCUGGGACGGUGGACACCGGCGAGGACCUGAGGUCUGGAGCAUCAGAAAACAGGGUCAUGUUCUCGCUGCAAGCUGCUGCAACUGUUCCUGUCGGCGGCGCUCUUCGCAUCACUGCACCAUACCGCUUCACCUUCGCAGUGGAUUGCCUGUUCUCCAUUUCUCCCUCCGCUACCAUCCUGGCAGAGCUCCAAGGCGCUCAGACUGCUCAGAUCUAUGAGGACUUGCCUCGACUGCAGUCCUGCAUCGGCCUGCAAAACACGGCAAGGCUCCUGUUGGCGGAGCGCAUGGACGCUGCCAUCCGCUACUCGUUUCGGCUUGCUGUGGCCAACCCAGCUCUACCCCAUCCCAGUGAUUGGCCAUUUCCGCAAGACAUCUGGCGCUUUGAGACUUUAGAUGCACAAGGUGGCGUGCUGGACGUGGCGCAGGUGAAGGCGUUCUUUCUCUGGACCUUCACUCGCUCCAUCCUGGUGCCGUUCGUACUUGGCGCGGCCGAACAAGGUGUCGUGAGCGUGGAGCUGGCUCCCUCGCUCACGCUUCCGCCUUUGGGCUCGGUGUUAAUCACAGCUCCACCUGGCUUCCAGCUCCUGGCAGAGCCCUGUGUAGGCUUCUUUCCAGACACCUUCGGCAGCGCUGAGGGCUUCAGCCCUGUUCCUGCGGGGACGACCUGCAUGCGAGGACCUGGAGGUCCCAACGUAGUGAAGUUGCAGCUGGACGACUUUUCCUACCUUGCUGCAGGGGUCUUCCUGCGUUUCAAGCUUGGCGUGGUGAAUCCUUCCCAGUACAUGUCAGCGGCAGAAGACUGGUUCAUCGCCUCCGUUGAACAAACGGAUUUAGGUGACUCUUACUUGGAGCAGAAUCCUGCUGUUGCAGGCUUCUCGGUGCACCUCCGGCUCGCCUCUUUUGAGCUUCUUCCCAGCUCAGCAAAUGCGGCACGUGCAGCGACCGUCCGUAUCGAGUUCUCGUUACCGGAGGAUCUUGGAGUCUUCCAGGUGGUCUCCAGCACCGAGGAGAGCUUCAUCGUCGUGGACAUGCCGCCUUUCUUCAUUGCGCCAACGGAGGGAGCUGGAAAUCAUACCGUGGAGCCGGUGGUGGCAGACUUUGAGGCAGCAAACAUCCUCCUGAUGAAGCCUUGCGCAUCAUUCACUCGCAUCUCACCGGAUGCCGACUUCUUCCCAACUCAGGCAGAUGCCUGCAUUGCCCUUCCUGGGGCAAACAGCUUCCGUUUGCUCUUGACUGGGAAUUUGGACGUAGGACCCAGCUAUAUCUUCGAAGUGGGGGUGUACAACCCUGCUCUUACAGCAGUUCGCCAGCACCAGAUAUCCCAGGCCAAUUUCUGGCAGCUGCGCCUGGUGCGGCGAAGCGCUGGCCGUGAUUCCACAGCGGCUGGACGCGCGGCGACUGGCUACCAACUGCUGCCUGUGCUGCAGGACUGUAUUAUCACGGCGGCAACCAGUCCCAUCCCAGUGGGCUUCGACACCACCGUGGAGGUGGCUUUCCGCCCGGUCUCGACAUUAAGUGCUGCAAGCGGCGAUCGCAUUGAGGUGCGACCACCUGCUUCUCUGCAACCGGCGCUUCCUUGCACGAUUUCAGUGGAUGGCGCGCCAGUCUCGGUCAGUUGCUUCAUAGAGAACAGCAGCCUGGUUCUACGGUUCGAGGGCAGCGCAGUCGUGUUGGGAGACAGCCAGGUACUCGCUGGGAUGUCUGUGAACUCUGGUGGAAUCCCGUUGACGGCCACUGAUGAGCAGAACCGCUGGGCAGUCGCGACCCAAAAUGCUGAAAACAAGACAUGGGACGAAGCGCCAGACGUCCCAGGCUUCACGAUUUUCCCACGGUUGGAGGAUGCACGGGUCAAUCCAAAGGACGUCUCCUCGAUGUCGUUCGCGAACCAUGCGGAGUUUGCCUUUGCAUCCCCCGUGGCCAUCCCUUCAGGGGCUUCUGCCCGUGUUGUGGCACCUGGCGGCUUUACCCUCUUUGCCGCGACUUUCGCCGCAGAAUUCUCUGCAGAAGCAGUGGCAAUCGCCGAGGCGGAGGUGAUGGUCUGGAUUCUGGCCGCCAUCUCUCCUUCACAGCAACUCUCCUUUCGUCUCACGGUAGGAAAUCCCGCAGUCAGUCCGCCGCAGAACCAAUGGACGCUCGAAGUCCAGAGUCCUCUCAAUGACACCCUGGCUCUCGACCGAGAUAUACCAGGCUUCGUGGUUCAGUCAAGCUUCAACUCCUCCUUCAUCGAAGCCGAUGUGAACGAGCCUCUCGCGGAGAACUACGUCCACAUUACUCUGGCAGUGACACAGCCGCUCUUUGCCGACAGCUUCGGACAGAGCCAGCAGUGUACGUCCAGCGACAAGCUCUGCGUCUAUGCGACGUGGCUUGAGGUGGUAGCUCCGGAGGGCUUCGUCUUUGCAGCGACCUGUGGCUUUUGGGUCCUCCAGCGCGUCGGCUCUGCGCACCGAGGGCUGCCGCCAGGCAGCCUGUGCCUUGCAGACGCAGACCAGUCGAACAUUGCAAGGGUGCGCCUUUCUUUAACGUUGGAGGCCUUCACCCUCUACGAGUUCACGCUGCAGGUUCGCAACGCCCUCUCCGUGCCUCUCCACAACGUCUGGGAGUUGAGGGCCGUACAGGAUGGCAUCGUCCGCGAACGUGACGCAAAUGUGGAAGGUUUCGCCCUUCGCCAACUCCGUACCGUGCGUGUCACGCCGGUCACAACACUAGCAGGUGCAGUGGAUAACGCGGUGACAGCCUUGCUCCGUUCAGAGCGUCCGAUCCCACCGAGAGCGACAGUGACCAUGGCUGCGCCGCUGGGCUUCAUUUUCGAUGCAUCCGAGGUCUCCAGUUCGUUCCAACAGGAGAAAGCUCCGCUUGUAAUGAACGACGUCACUUCGGAGGAUGGAACCGAGCCUUCUGGAGCAACAAUCCGUUUCUACGUGAGUCCACAAGACUAUGUGCAACCAAACACCUACUUCUUCGUGAGUGCGCGGAUCCGGAAUCCUUCAGCUACCCCGAGCUCCAACUAUUGGUACUUCUACAUCCAGAGCCAGUUCAUGGAGCACAUUGAUCUGCGCAAGUUUCUUCCUGGCUUCGUGAUGUCGUACCAGAUGCCCUACUUCCAGGUAUAUCCCAACUCUAUACCCUGGAAUCUGGGGACGGCCAAUGAUAUUUCGUUGCUGUUUGUGACCUCGUCCGUGAUCUUUAUGGAGAGGUCGAAUGCUCUUCCAGGGACCACGGUUCUCGGUGGCGAGCUUCCUGAGAUCCAGGCUGCCUCAUGGCAGCUGUUGCUCGUGGCGCCCAGCGGCUUCAGCUUCCCGACACGCGGCCCUUUUUCGGAGUCGUGCUCUGGCUUCCAACGCUGGGGUGGCAAGGAGUCUUAUGACCAGCUCCCAAACACCCAGGGCACCCUUCGCUGCACAGUGCGCAAUGCACGCACUGUAGUGCUUGACGUCCCGGCGACCUAUGUGAAUGAAACCAGAUACUCCUUCCGACUGAAUGUGACCGUGGCAGAUCAGCAGGAGGAUGUGGCCCUCCAGCAGCCAUGGACCCUGACUGUGCUGGAAAGUGGCCAGAUCUUGCAUACUGGGGAGAGCCCGAGCCCGUUGCUGGGAGUUUUCUACGAGGCGCGCUGGUUUUGGGCACCGGGCUCGCUUGGCGGCCAGAGCACGUGA